CCGUGACUUUCUUCGGAGAGGCACCGGGAUAAAGAUCAUGGUCACGUUGUUCCUUACGUCUAUUUCUCGUUGACGCAAGAAAAAAGAAAGUUUCGAAAUUAACUCUGUAUAGAGAUCAACCAUGGUUGGCUUUGCGGGCUCUCCUUCCACCACGUUCAGCAUCGACAAGGCUACCUACAUCUAUGACACGUUGAACCCUAAGGCCGGAUUGAACCCCCUACGGUGCACCGAACUUCCCCCCGGUGUGAAGUCCGACAAGUGCUUCCACAACCCGAAAACCGGCCGCGAUGAGUGCGAUUCUGACGAAGUCGGGAAGGAUACGGAUUACCCAGUUUUCCACUACUUCUUUGACAACAAAGCGGAUUCCAAACAGAACACGACGCACAACUAUCGCUGCGUCAUCGACGGGCUGAACCCGGAGGACCAGGCCCGCGAGACGGACAGCGAGUGCCCGCUGCAGAAAACGAAAGCCCAGUGCAUGGCGUUUGAGUACCACGGGCACAAACUGUGCGACUGGAGCGACGUGGACCCAAAGAGCAAAUCGGUCGGCGAAAAGAUAAAACAAACCGCGGGUGCGCUCGCCAGCAACGUGAAGAAGUUGUUCGGCUUCGGGACCAAGCCGCCGCCGCAAAUCUACAAGUUUCCGACGGACACCAUCCGGUGUCGGUCGCGGUGUGCGGUGCAGGACUUCAUGGAGUGCGACGAGCACGUCUGCUCCCUCACCCCCGACUACAAGUGCGUCCCAAGGAGGGAUUUAGGGGCGGGAUUGCUGCUGGAGAAAUCUCGGACGGUGAAGAAUUCAGCGACUUUCGGGCCCGGGAACCACUCCGGCGGGACGGAAAUGGUGGUGAAGCACCCGAGUUACAGGGAGCAAGGGAACGAUUUAGGUUUUCAAUUCAAUUAUUUAUCGAGUGGGAAUAAAGUGUGUCCAGUUUUGCGAAAGAACGAAAAGCUCUUCCAACAAGGCGAGAAAGUCUACAUUCGCGCCGGGUCAGCGAACAGUUCCGGCUCGUCCUUUUUCGAUUUCGGGUCCUUCCUCCACUACAAGAAGCCCGAACGGGGAAAAGUCGUGAAAUCCGAGUACGACCACGGGGACAAAAUGGUCUCGGUACAAAUCGACGAUCCGACCUCCGCCGAACCGAAGCUGAAGCGGGUGAAGGUGGAGGAUUUGCUGCAUUUUGACGAAGCGAAGGUGAAGUACAGACAGUUCAACUCCGCGGUGAAGCACUCCAGUCUGUUCACCGACCCGACUUUAUGGAGCUGCAGUAAUCUGGGGAACGGAAACAAGCCGGUGAAGUACACGAAUUUCCAGGAUUUUUUGAAGAACAGAACCAAGUGGGAUCAGCAGUUUUCGCACCCCGAGAUCGAGAUGCGGGAGCCGUUCACGUGGUUGCGCGUGCAGGUCGUGAACGUGGACGACCCGACGGACAUCAAAUGGAAUAUGGAGUUCUCAAAUGUUACAUUCUCAACUGUUACAUGAAUUUGGAAUGCAAGAGUGGCAAAAUUAUUGAAAGGGGGAAGAUUGCGCCUUUUGCAUUACAGGUUCGGCGUAGAUUCUCAUGCUAUCUAGAAAGUCGCGAACUUGUCAUCCGGAGCAGCUUGAUCGUGUAGAUAUUCAUGGCUAAUUUGCAUGACAAAUCAUGUAAAAGCUGAGAAUGUAACAGUUGAGAACGCCAUAUAGAACGCAGUUUACACGUACCGAAAACCGACCCGGCGGGUAUCCAGCACCGCGCAGCCCAACGUCGGCGCGACCGCGCACUUCUACGACGCCGAUUUCUACAAGUACCCGUAUUUGAACACAACCAAAGACCUGUUCAACAGCGGGAUCAACGACAGUCGGAUUCGGCGGUCGUUGGGGCAGCUGGCCAACGGGAUCAAAUCUUUGAUCCCUCGGAUGAGCCCGAGCGAGAAGAGCCAGGAGCUGUACAACCCAGCGAUCUCCUAUCCACCGAAAAAGACCCUUCCACAUCCAAUUUGUCAUGCAAAACAAGUAUCAAGUCAUGUCCAUGUUGUGAUGUUUGUCAUGCAAAAAAUGGAGGAUGUGGAUGGGUUUUUUUCUGUGGAUAUUUCCAACGGCGAUUUGCGCCGGAAGUGGAGCUACCGGGUCGGGAAGGCCAUGAACGUGCUUACGGGGAAGGAGGACAAGGAAACCGCGAAUAUGAGAAUUCCACCCCCGAUAUCCUUUGUAAAAACGUCCCCACACCAUAGUUGUCAUGCAAAUCUGCAUGCUUAAAAUAUUUCUCAUGCGGAGCCCCAUGAGAAGCAUUUUCUAAUGGUGUUUUGAAAUUUAUUUGUCAUGCUCCAAUCAGCAUGAGAGACUAGAUCUGUAAUGCUGCUGAACUAGCUCAAACAGCACUACACUACGCGUCCAAAUUUGUCAUGCGAAACAGCCAAAGCUUGUGGAUUUGUCUAGCCGAUUCCCCAUCUUGACUAUGGGGUGGGUACGUUUUUACAUAGGAUACCCGAAUCAUAUUUUACCCCACCAGCGGGUCAUCGAUUUCCAGCCGCUUUGCGGGCCGUCGAAACCCGGGAAGAGAAGAUUGUACGACGUGUCCAUCGUCACGGACGGGAUGGCGAAAGGAGGAAACUCUUCACCGUUUUUCGACUUGUCAAUGAAGAAGCUGUACGACUUUGCCCGCGACAGCCUGUACCUGGACAUGACCGAACCCGCCGGGGGAAUCAAGGGCCGCAUGGCCUUAACUGGCUAUGGGAGUGUCAGAAUCGAAAUUGACAAAAUCGAAAAAUUUGUGAUGCACAAAAUCGAUGUCAGUUGGAGCCUCAGUCUUCAAGUGGCGCAUGACAAAUUUCGGGAGCACCAAAAUCCAGUCUGUCAUGCUGUUUGGGGAAAGAAGACUGCUCCUGUCAUGCUACUCUGGCAGCACAUUGCAUACCCCUAAACAGGCUCACAGUCGGCCUCAUAUGCCUGCUCCCCAAUACAGGCCUUCAGUGCUCUACAUUUUAUGCAUCACAAGUUUCUCGAUUUUGUCGAUUUCGAUCCUGACACAUCCAUACCGGCGCAGAGGAAAUUAGAAAGCAGGCGAUGAAGGACAGCAGCAGUACAGGUUCGACCUUGCUUAUUCAAGAAAAAAACACCAUCACAAUCACUUUUGCACACUUUUGCAAUACAAAAUUUUUUGUCAUGCGCAAAAAUGCAUCACAGUCGAGAGUUAUAGGCGACUUCCCUUUGUGUUUUUGCAAUACAAGAAAAAUUUGUCAUGCGAGACAAAUUUCUGAUGCAAAACCUCCUAAAUGUGAUUGUGGUGGUGUUUUUUUCUUGGAUAUUGCUCAUCCCGCAGAAGGCGCAGGAAUUGCUUUACAAAGAUUUCAAUCCGAAGAAGUACACGAAAAAGCCGAUUUUCAAAAUGCUGGAGAGGGAAAUGAUCAACGUGCCAUCGCGGUUAAGGAGAAAACUGGCGGAGCAGAACUUCUUGCAGCAGGAAAGCCCGGUGCAGGUGAACUACCCGGUUUUCCCUUUAGAAUCGGGGUUCACGAAUGGGAAUAGUCACGGUUUUUUGAACAAUCCGGGUGUUUUAGCGCCCGGUGGAGAGCCGACGUUCUACGGAGAUCACACGGGGAUCGAGGUGAUAACACCGAAGUUCAAGUCCGGGCCGCAAUUGCUGGUGGACGAGGAAAUGACUUUAAAGGAGUGUCAGAAGGAAACUCCUCCUGUGGUUACAGGGACGGUGGUCGAAGGCGGCGUUGGUCAACAGCAGAAGAACAACCAGAAUGCUCCUCCUGCACCUAUUCCAGAGACCGAGCAGACGGGGGUCGCCGGUGUGGAAUAGAAAAAAAACGCAGGUACUGCAACAUCUAAUUCUGGACAGGCGCAAGAGCCUGCUCUGAAGAACGACAGCCUAGGUUUUGAUUUAGCUGCUGUAGCUACGGAGAUUGCUCUUCAUUAAUUUCUCGGCGAAUAGCCCUCUCAAAAAAUGCUCCUAAUCGGCAGCAUGAGCAUGACUAAGUAAGACGCCAGAAAAAUAAUGAUCCCUUCGUCGUCAACAAUUUAUUAUUGCGCUUGCGCCAACGUAUCCUCGAUUUGAUUGCAGAACUUUUUUUUUGUGGUUUUCUUGAAAGAUUAAAUUGCAGACGGAGUGCUAGAAAAAUGAACCUAUGUAGAAACCUGCUUCCCAGGUGAGAGAGCGUUUCGGUUUUAUUUGUUCUGUGUUGAUGAUGUUUCUGGAAUCUGUUUGCCCACGUAAACGUAAAAUAGCGAACGAAAAAAAUUGCAUCAACAUCGACAGCGGAGCUGUGAU